GUGUUGUGCUGCAACUAGAUCUCACACUUCUCCACAGAAAUAACACUACACAACAUCAGCAGGAUGAACGUUAAAGUUGAACAUUCUUUGCUGGUCAGAGGAUAUUAAAGCUCGAGAAUGUCGCGGAAAAGCAAAGGCUCCUCUCUGCCCCCGGCCUCCCUCCACCUCCUGGUGCCUCCUGUCCGGCUCAUGUCCGCCUUCGUGCUCCAGACGCUGCAGCAGCGACGAGUCGAGCACUACGACAAACUGCUGGACUUCAUCGGGCUGGUGACGGAGGUCGUCCCGGAGCUGCUGAGCCUCAGCCAGAGAGCUCAGCUGGUCCUGGGUCUGCGAGCCCGGCUGGUCCUGGAGCUGUGUCGCGGUGACGGCGUGGCCAACCUGCAGAGCAUCCAGAGCCACCUGGACAAAGUCCACGCCUGCAGCGCUGAGCUGAGCUCCGAGGGCCAGACCAGUGGAGAUAUUCUGAAGACGUCAUACACCAACUUUGCGAGCCUGGUUCAGAACCUGCUGGAUGUUCCUUUUGAAAAAGAGUUCUUCUUCCAGGAAGUUUUUCCUGCAAACUACGGCUCUGCCUACGACGAGAGACUCCAGCAGAUGGUGUCGGACUUCCUGUCCAGGCUGGAGCAGCUGCUGCCCAUUCCAGACCUGCCACAGGUGACCACAGUCAUGAGAAGUCCUGCCUCUUCCCCCUUUGAGCUUUAUGAGUAUGUGAGUAUUGCUUCAGCUGCCAACCUGCUCCUCCCUGUGUCUCAGACGGCAGCGUGGCUCACUGAAACAGCAUCUGUGUCAGAAGACUUUGAACAACAUCUGUCCGACCCCUUUGGCCUGAAGACUCUGCUGCUUCAUCACAGGCAACUGGGCACAAUCAGUUCAGCUCCAACAAGCAGUGAGGAAGACAUCCUCACACUGGCCCUCCCUUCUCAAACUGUAGUGGCGAGUUACACUGAGGCGUACAACGAGGAGGGCGACGAUGAUGACUAUGACAGUGAGGAAGAGACCCUUGCAUUGGAGGAUUUAGAAGCUGAAGACUCAAGUCCAAGCUCGGAUGUCACUGCAGAUGAUUGGUUACCAAAAAAGGAAUCAGGUCCUCUGUCUCGUUUAUUCAUCUGCCCCGAGUGUUCAUUUGUUGACCGUGUUAAGAGGAAGGUGCAGGAGCACAUCCAGAGCGAGCACCAAAUAACAGCUUCCAUUAUUAAAAAAGAACCUGUGAAAAAACCCUCCGCUAAGGCUCAGCAGAAAGGGAAAGACUUGAACACUGAAAAGAAGAUAUCAGAAGGCAACACGAACAAAAAGAGGAAACGCAAACAAAAAGACAGCGCUGAAAAGAAACGGGAACGCAAGCAAAAGAAAGACAACCUGGAAAACAAGGAAAGGAGGCGACAGAAAGGGACCACGGGCGAAGACAAAAGGUUCCUGAGCACGCGGCCCGUGAACAAAAUCUUCACAGAGGCAAAGACCAAAUGCCUGUCGUGUGACAAGGUCUUCGAACACCCAAACCAGCUGAAGACCCACAUGAAGCUCCACGGCCUGCGGUACCACUGCAGCCAGUGUGAGAAGGGCUUCACCAGCCCGUCGGGGUACUAUCAGCACCAGAGGCUCCACAAGCGAGGCCGGAUAUUCUCCUGCAGCCAGUGCAACAAGGGUUUCCUGUGCAAAAACUCACUCAAGCAACAUGAGCGGCUGCACGAAGGCCCCUCCAACCUGUGCACCAUCUGCGGGAAAGGCUUCAGCAAAGCGGGCAUCACAAGACACAUGCAGAUGCACAGAGGGGAGAAGAAUUUCCUCUGCACCACGUGCGGGAAGUCGUUUCUGUCCUCGGGGGAGCUGCUGCUGCACACGCGCUCUCACACGGGCGAGCUGCCGUACACCUGCAGCCGCUGCGGGAAGGGCUUCUCCAGCAAGAGUCACCUGAUCGUCCACACACGCUCUCACACCGGGGAGCGUCCGUACGAGUGCUCCGAGUGCCCCAAGCGCUUCCUCACCCUGAACUGCCUGAAGAGACACACGCUCAGCCACAACGGCGUGAAACCGUUCAAGUGUCCGAGCUGCGAGAGAGAGUUCUCUCAACAGGGGAAUCUGAAGAGACAUUUGGCAACUCAUAAACCUGACACGUAAUGUCAUCAGAAUCAAGUCCGUGGACAGUUUAAUACCUUUUUUAAACCUGUUGAAAAGGAAAUGGUAAAGCCGUUACAUAUUUCAUUCAUCCUUUCUGAGAUGGAGCAGAUUUCUCUGUUCUGAUGCAGAUGUUUACCACUUGGAAGUUGUGUCAUGAAGUUUCUAGCGACAAUAGUAAAAAGUUAAUCCUUUUUUAAA